UUUGUUUUCAUUUUUUGUGAUUGUUUUGAAUGAGAAUGUUUUUAAUCAACAAUUAUCAUGGACCUAAUUGUUAAUUGCUGUUAAUUGUUCUUUUUAUUUUAUCAUAUUUAUCUCAUUAGAAUACUGGAUUAGUCUACUUUCAACUCUACACUGAUUUUUACGGAAAAAAUCAAUCACAAUUUUCAAUAUCUUCCUUUUAUCAUCACCAGUCUUUCAUUUAAUUUGGUGAAAAAAAGAUAAAUAACCAGCAAUUGAAUUUAUCCGAGGCUAAAAACAAGAAACAACUGAACAAGGUUACUCCCAAUUAAUCUGGACGAUCAAAGGGAUUGUCAGAGGAAAGAAAGAUUUUCCUAUCAUCACUACCGAAAGACUAACCAACCUUAAAUAAUUUUCUUCAUCAUCAAAUUGUCAACCAUCAAUCAACAACAAUAACAUCAUCAAACCAUUUAUACAUUUUAAAAGUCUUUCUUUCCAAUAUCCUUUUCUAUUUCUCUCUCUCUCUCUCUCUUCCUCUCUUACAAAUCUCAACUUAAAUCUUUCUUCUUCAAGUGCUGAACCAACACCUUAAUAUUGAUUAACAAUUAUGCCAGCUUUUUUUCUCGAUACUCCAGAGAUAUUACCAUUACCUAGUCUUCAAGCCUACACAACAAUCAGUGUACUACUUUUGUCCUGUUCCGUUUGGUAUGCGUUUCAAGUAACAAGUGAACCCGAUUGGAAAUUAAAUGCAACCCUAACCGUUGACGUCACCCUUGAUUCAGAGGCCCUAAUAAACCGAAGCCUAGAAGCAGAAGAUGGCGGAUUACUUGUUGGUCAAGGCCUUUCGGGUAUUCUAUCAUCUUUCAAUGAAACCUCAAUCCAUCUUGGUUUCCUACUUGAUUCACCUGUUCUUAAGCGUUUCAUUGAUGUUCUUUACCUGAUGUUACAUGAGCCCCUUUGUGUUUGGACAUUAAUCAACAUGGCCUAUUGUUGCCUAAUCUUAUUGGGUAAAGUAAUUCAAACACUGGUUUUCGGUGAACUAAGAGUAUCCGAACAGCAACAUAUGAAAGAUCGUUUCUGGAAUUUCAUUUUCUACAAAUUUAUCUUCAUCUUUGGUGUAAUGAAUGUCCAAUCAAUGGAUGAAGUUGUCCUUUGGGUCUCUUGGUUUUCAAUACUUGGUUUUCUUACUCUACUUGCACAAUUGUGUAAAGAUCGUUUUGAAUAUCUUUCUUUCUCACCUAUGACCCCAAAAUGGACACAUUUUCGUCUUCUUCUUCUUCUCUCCGUUAUCCUUGCAUCAUCUUUCUCACUAUUUGUUGUUUGCAUAGUUAUCGGUCUACACGCAGGAUUAAAUACCUUUGCCUUUAUGGCCGCUGAAUGUUCACUUGUUGCCGUGCGAACCCUUUACGUUUCAAUACGCUACGCUAUUCACCUUUGGGAUCUUAAUCAUGAAGGUGUCUGGGAAAAUCGAGCCUCAUAUGCUUAUUUCACCGAACUGGUCUUUGAACUUGCUCUUCUUUUCAUUGAUUUCUUCCAUCAUCUUCAUAUGCUCUUCUGGGGUAACAUUAUCCUCUCAGUGGCAAGUUUAGUUAUCCUAAUGCAAUUACGAUACCUUUUCUUUGAGAUAAAUCGUCGUAUUCGUAAGCAUAAAAAUUAUCUACAGGUUGUCCGCUUGAUGGAAGCCAAUUUUCCGAUGGCAACAACCGAAGAAUUGGAAAAAAAUAGUGACGAUUGUGCCAUUUGCUGGGAUAAGAUGGAAGCGGCUCGUAAACUUCCCUGUUCUCAUCUUUUUCACAAUUCAUGUUUACGAUCAUGGCUUGAACAGGAUACUUCAUGUCCAACCUGUCGAACUUCAUUGAAACAUCGAACUGAAGAGGAUCAUAAUGAUGAUGAUACUCGAACCAAUGGAGGUGAUAGAGAUAAUAAUCGUGGAAAUGGAGGAAGAACCAAUUUCUUUCACUUUGAAGGACCUCGUUACGCUUCUUGGUUACCAAGUAUCUCAGUUGAAGUGACCCGACCUCUUGCUACAAUGCAUCUUAGUAUAAACGAUAAUCUGGACAAUACCAGAGCAACUCAUGCAUCAACUAUUUCUUUUGAAGAAAUCCGUCAAAUUCAGAUCACAUUUCCUCAUGUUCCUUUAGCCAUCAUCAUUGCCGAUCUAAGGAUCACUCGAAGUAUGGAUUUAACCGCUGAGAAUAUUUUAGAAGGUCGAAUUGGUCCUUACGAACCUGAAGACAUUUCAAGGUCAACCAGUCAAGUGGAUAACUUUUCAAUCAACAGUAACUCACCGAGUGGCAGUUCCUCCAGUAGUGAUAGUAGUAGUGGUAAUGAGAAUCCAUUUUUUUCAAUAUCUUCCACCACCGUACAUAAAACACCACUAGAUGAUUUGUAUGAUACUACAAUGUCACCAGCUUCAUCAUCAUCAUCACCAUCAACAUCAUUUUCAACAACAGCACCAUUACCAUCCACCUCAUCUACAAUCAUCUCACCAAUAGCAUCAUCUUCAUCUUCAUCAUCAACGAGAACAAUAGCUGAUGAUCAUCUUGUCUAUCCAGGAUCAAGAAUCUAUGGAAGUUCAUUCUCAGAAUCACCUUCAGAAAGACAAUCAAAUCUUGGAAAAAGACGAAUAGAUUUAUUAACAACCGCAAGGAAAAAGUAUCUCUCCAAAACGAGUACAUCAUCACCAUCCACAUCUUUUGAUUCUAAUCAAACAUCUUCUUCUCCUUCCCAAUCAUCCUCGUCCUCAUGAUCAUCAUCAGAUUUAUAUCUAUUCCCUUAAAUGUAAUAUCGCCUUCCCAAUUCUCUCUCUCUCUCUCUCUCUAUCUCUCUCUCUCUCAACAACUUCUUAACACAAGAAAACGAAUCCAAGGCAAAUGAAAAAUGAGAAAAACAAGAAACAAGAAACAGAGAUACUUCCGUUUCCAUGUUUACUCUUUCUGUAACAUGGGAGGUAAUAAGCUGAGAUGGAACAAAGAAAAAGAAUUGAUUACAAACCUGAGACUAAACAAUUAAUUAACGGAUUUCAAAAGAAAGAGAGACGAGUUUGCCGAUGACCGUUAAUUCCUUGUCACUUUUGGUUACCCUUACAUAGUCACUACAAGAACAUCAUGAAUAAUAUUCAGAGGUCUAAAUGUCACAAUGAAAAGCACAAACUCCUUAAAGGAUUAUAAAUCCUUAUCACAAUUAGAAUUAAUUUCUCACAUGGGAGAGUUCAGAGUCAUAAAGACAAAACAAGAUGGAGCUUAUUAUUAUUAUUAUAAUACAAUUUCUCAUCAAUUUGGAUAUAUUAUCAAUGAUCAAGUUGCAGCAUUUCAAUUAACCACCAGCAGUAGAAGUGCCAUUACAAUGACAACAGUUAAUUGUAAAUGAUGAAAUGUAUUGUUAUGUAUAAAAUGCGGAUCAAAAGAGACAAUUUAUUCUGGGAUAAUCAAGUUUAUUUUCAAUUGUUUUGCUGAUUUUUAAAGGAGAGAAACAAAAUUAACAAUCAUUCAAUUCAUAAUCAUCAUCCAAUGGGCACAGAGCGAAAACGAUUUGGUGAAAAAGCCAAAUCUCGUUAAUUUCCAAUCGAUUGUCAAUCACCUGCUCUGCUAAUGGAUCUAAUUAAUGUACUAAUUAACUAUUCACUUAAACAAGGAACGAUUAACAAAGAUGAUUGAGGAGAGAGAAAAUAUUAACCUUCCCGGUGUAAUGUAAAUCUACCUCUUGCUUUCGUACUCUUCGUCUUUCCUUCUUUCAUCCCAAUCAACUUUAUCUUCAUCUUCAUCUUCAUCACAUUAAACAUCUCUCUCUCUUUUUGAUUUCAUUACAUCUCAAAGGAGCAUAACUCCCACUUUAUUGAGAAAGAAAGUCCGAAAAAAGAAAACUUCUCAUGGAAAUCGCAAACCUCGAUAACAAUCAACUCGAAAAAUGAACCAUCACCAGGAAAAGACUUUAAUUGUGAUGAUCUGUUCCCUUUUUUUAAUCAUCUCUCGUUUCUGUUUUUUAAAAUGAUCAAUAUUUUUCAAAGAAAACAAUUAGAUUACCAAUAGAUUGUAAGAAGACACAAAGACGAUAAUAACUUAGCCAUUAUCAUAAUCAUAAUCAUAAUCGUCUUCCACAUCUCUUCAUCAUCUUCAUCAUCAUCAUCAUCAUCUCUCUCUCCUGUAUAUUUAAUAUAUUAUUAUUAUGCUUAUGGAUAUGAUUAUUAUUAUUAUCUAAUUCUGAUUGUGAUAAGCCAAACAAUUUUUUGGUAAACAAAACAACAACAAAUACAUUGUAAGCCCAUCCAAAAGGGAGUUGGAUCUUGAUUUUGAUAUCAAUGGAAAGCUCAUUAAACAACUUCUAAUGUUAUUAUUAUAUAAGAAAUCAACUAAAUGAAAUGUAAUUAAUUUAAAAAAUUUACUAUUGAAAUUGGUCAACAACAACAACAACAACAACAAAAAUGAAAACAAUUGUCAAUAUCAGUCCAGAGUAACAGUUGAUCAACUAUCAAAGUAUUUACUAAAUUAAUUGAGUUAUUGACUCUUCCAUCGGUUGAUUGGAUUGAGUAAAGAUGGAGGAGCUUAGUGAUGAUGAUAAUCAUCUUCAUCUUCAUCUUCAUCAUCUUCAUCUUCAUCAUCAUGAUUGAUUGAGCUGUGCAAGUGCCUCUCGAGAGGAGGAAGUGGGUGGAGGAUGUUGAUCCUCAUCACUAAUCAUUUACCACCAAAAAAAGAUGAUUAAUUAGUGUUUCAAGUUAUAAACAGUUCGUUAGUUAAUUGUUAAAUUAAAUAUGAUUAAUAAUAUAAAUCACAUGGAGAUUAAACAAUUAACUGAAUUGUCAA